UCAAGAUCAACCGUUCAAUUGGCGCCCAAAAUGCUAAAACCCUCGUCUCGUCGUCCUUCUCCACCAGCUCUCUCUCUCUCUGUAUCUCUGAAACCCUAGGAUGGAGAAGAAGCACAUCUCCAUUGGUUUCGAGGGCUCGGCGAACAAGAUCGGCAUCGGUAUCGCCACCUUAGACGGCAACAUCCUCGCAAACCCUCGCUCCACCUACAUCACCCCGCCCGGCCACGGCUUCCUCCCCCGCGAGACGGCCCAACAUCACCUCCAAAACCUCACCCGCCUGCUUCGCUCCGCGCUUGACGAAGCCGGCAUCUCCCCCGCCGACAUCGACUGCAUUUGCUACACCAAGGGCCCCGGCAUGGGCGCCCCGCUCCAGGUAUGCGCUGCCGCCGUACGAGUGCUGGCGAAGCUGUGGAACAAGCCCCUUGUUGGGGUGAAUUACUGCGUGGCGCAUAUAGAGAUGGGCCGGGUCGUCACAGGGGCAGAGGACCCGGUCGUGUUGUAUGUCAGUGGGGGGAACACGCAGGUGAUCGCGUAUAGUGAGGGAAAGUAUAGGAUAUUCGGGGAAACCAUUGAUAUUGCAGUCGGGAAUUGUUUGGAUAGGUUUGCGAGGGUAUUGAAUCUCUCCAAUGAUCCAAGCCCUGGAUAUAAUAUCGAGCAGCUGGCUAAGAAAGGUGAAGAAUUCAUUGAUCUUCCUUAUGUUGUCAAAGGAAUGGAUGUUUCAUUUAGUGGCAUACUGAGCUAUAUAGAAGCCAUUGCUCCUGUGAAGCUGGAAAGCAAGGAAUGCACAGAAGCAGACCUCUGUUACUCCUUGCAGGAGACAUUGUUUGCAAUGCUGGUUGAGAUCACUGAACGAGCCAUGGCACAUUGUGAUACAAAGGAUGUUCUCAUUGUCGGUGGUGUAGGAUGUAAAUACGCCCUGCAGGAGAUGAUGAAGGCUAUGUGUGCAGAGAGUAGUAGACUGCAUGCAACUGAUGAUAGGUAA